AUGUAUUUGUUAUUAUUAUUUUGCUUCUUUAGGCUAGGUAGGAUGGACUUCAAAGGUCAAUUGGCUUCGGCCUUGGUACUUAAUGUUACACUGAAGCUACUGAGCUUCACAAUGUCCACCCUCCUGACACGUCAGCUUGCACCCAACGAAAAUGGCAUCAAUUUUUCAAAUCAACUGUAUUUCAAUACUGUUCUUUUUCUUGCACGGGACUGUGUUCGAAGUGUGAACGCCCGGCAUGACGUGCGGGAGAGAGCGGAGGAUGGCCGGCUGGUUCUGCAGGUGAUGAACUGCGCUAUGGCCUCUCUUCCGUUGGGAGUUUUAGUCAUGAUAGUGCUGGAGCUGCUGCCUUUGUGCGGUAUUCAUGUGUUUCCCUCUUUGGCUGCGCUUUCUCGUGUGGGGGAUGUCGCUACUGCACUGGGGGAAGUCAACAAUCACACGGUAGGGUUUCCAGAGGUGCUUCUAGCAUUGAGUGUCGGUGUUUUACUGAUGGUAGAACCAUGCAUUGCCCUGGUUCUCUGCUUCGAUUACGCACGGUUUAUUAUCACCUCCGAAUUCUGGGCGUUGUUGGCACGCUUGAUAACGUGUUUGAUAUUUGUGAGGUUGUGUGGUGGUCUGGGGGGUGAUUUGUACACUGCGCGCCUGUGCUUUGCCACGGGGUCCCCUCACUUACGCCAUUGCGACUAUGAU